CAAUAGCUUUGCGGCGACGCCCUUCCUCGCGCGGCCUUUUUUUAAGCUUAUCUCUAUCACUCGCUCUUCCGACCACGCCUCAUCCGCCAUGGCCGCCUCCUUCCUCCGCCCUCUCCUCCCCCCGAAACCCUUCCUCUCCGCCACUCCUAAACCCCACAUCCCCGCCGCUACCCCCAGUGCCAUCGUGCGCUGCACCGCGGCGCCCAAGCCGGCCACCGGCUCUAUCGCCAAGCCCAGCCAAGAAGAGGCCAACAACAACCAGGAGCAAGAACCCAACGCCGCCGCCGCCGCCACUCCGGACGAGGCCGGCGCCAACCCGCACCGCAUCCCCGACGACGAGACCCCGCCGUCUGCGACGGCGACCACGUCGUUCGCCGUGGCGCGGCGCGUGCCGUCGGCCAUCUCCCCCGACCGCCGGCGCCGGACGGCGCUGACGCAGGGGGAGCCGCCGAACUACGAGAUCGGGUGGAAGCGCACCAAGAAGCUGCCGCUGGAGAAGCCCAAGGGGUGGGCCAUCGCGGACUUCAUGGAGAAGCUGGAGGGGCUGAUGGCGCGCGGGCGGUACGGGUCCGGGGAGCUGCUGGGCACAGUGGCCGGCGUGGUGACGGAGCGCGCGCGGGAGGAGGCCGAGAUCCUGGUGGCGGAGGGCGGCGUGGAGGAGCGCGUCGCGACGGAGCUCUUCCGCGUGCUCCGGCUGGUGGAGAUGGACGUCGCGAUGGUCAAGGCCGCCGUCAAGGAGGAGACCGUCAAGGAGCGCGUCGAGAUGGCGCGCGCGCGCUGCCGCCAGGCCAUCCUCGUCGCGCUCUCGCUGUGACGACGGACGCACCGCGUGGUGCCCAACUGUAAUUCUGAUUCCUUCACUGAUUUCUCGCAUAGCCACUAUACACAGUUGCAACUGGUCAUCAGGUUUUUCGUGUAUGUAUACCUGAAUUUUCAGUAGCAUUUGCAAUCAAACACUGAAACCAUGUAUACGAGAAAUGGAUGGGAUAGCCAACUACGUGCACUUAUUAUGCUGCAUAAUUUCAACCGGCAAGCAUGACAAGCAGAGGAAACACUAGCUAAGUUUUGCGA